UCCAGUUACACAAGCGAGUAAUGCGAUACCAGCAAGUUCAGAUACUUAUAAUGAUUUAUACGAAACUAAGAUCCCCGAACAUGAAUAUGAAACGAAUGUUAUUGAGACUAAUUGUUUAUUAAAAAGAUAUUGCGAGAAAUGUAAAAUUGAGAUCCCCGAACAUAAAUACAGAUACCAUAAAAGAACGAAUAUCCAUAAAUCAAAUUGUUUAAUAAAGUCAAAUUUUGAAAAUGUUCAUAUUAUAGCAACUGCAUUUAAAAACAGGAUUCUGACUUAUCGCUUAAAUCCAUCUAUAGAAAAUGAGUACCUCACACCAGAGGCGUUCUUAGAUGAAAAGCGAAAAGAUGUUUCUAAUAUAAUUAAAAUGUUAUUAAUGAGACAUAACUGCAUUAAAGUUAAUUUCGAGCUGUUUGCUUACUUUUUACUGCCUACGUUAGGUGAGCAACAGCUUAAAUCAUUUAAUACUAAAUAUGAAAUUAUAUAUAAUAAUACUGAUUUUGAUGACACAUAUUUGAAUGUAAUAGAAACAUUUAAAAGAAAAUUUACCGAAUUUGAACAUUGUCAAUCCGGAUGGUCAUUUGUUUCAAUAAAUCAUUUAGAAAUUAAUAUAAAUAAAUAUUGCCCUAUGCGGGGUGGUACUUAUUUAGAGCUACCAGAUGUUAUUAAAAAUACAAAGAGCUGUUUGAAUAUACAUAAUAAUGAUGAAUACUGUUUUUUGUGGUGCGUAGUUGCAGCAUUAUUUCCAGCUAAAAAUAAUGUUUGCAGGGUCAACUCCUAUCCACAUUUUAGUACAGUACUUAAUACAAGAGGAAUUUCAUUUCCACCUUCACAUAAAGAUAUAAAAUUAUUUGAAAAAAAUAAUUGUGACUUGAGUAUUAAUAUUUAUGGGUUUGAUAAACAUGGUACUAUAACUGGACCUAUUUAUGUGACGAAUUGCAGGAAAGAUAAACAUAUAAACUUACUGUUCUUUGAAAAACAUAAUAAAGGUCAUUACUGUUUGAUAAAAAAUCUGCUACGAUUAGUACGAAGACAAGUUUCAUGUCAUAAGGGACGAAUGUAUUUAUGUGAGACAUGUUUACAAUUUUUUAAAUCUGAAAUAAAGUAUAAUUGUCAUAGUUGCUCUCAAAUUUUAACCGUACUACCUGAUAAGAACAGUACAUUAAAAUUCAAAAAUUAUGAGCGAAAGCAAAAAAUUAAUUUUGUAAUAUACGCUGACUUUGAAAGUAUAUUGUUAAACUGUAAAAUGGAACAGAAUGAUAAAAAUACAGUAAAGAAUAAAGUACAUCAACCGUCCUGUUUUGCUUUCUAUGUGUGUUGUUCUCAUGAUAGCAGCUUAAAUAAAUUUGUAUCAUAUAGAGGAUCUGACUGUGUGGAAGUAUUUAUUAAAAGCUUGAUUGAAGAAGUGAAAUUAAUUCAUAAAAUGUUAUUAACAGAGAAACCUAUGAGACCAAUGACAAGAGAUCAGACUGAUAAUUAUAAUAAUGCAACUACAUGCCAUAUUUGUAAUGAUUUAUUAUUUGAUGAUAAAGUUUGCGAUCAUGAUCAUAUAACAUCUGAAUAUAGAGGUGCGGCACACUCGCAAUGCAAUUUAAAUUAUAGAGUUUGUCCCUUUAUACCCGUUAUAUUUCACAAUUUAGUUGGCUACGAUUCUCAUAUAUUUAUAACUGAAUUAUCAAAAUAUGAAGGUGAGAUAAGAAUUAUAGCAGAAACUAAAGAAAAAUAUUUAACCAUAACAAAAAUAAUAAAUACUGGUAAAGGAUGCAAACCAGCACAAAUUAAAUUUAUAGACUCGUUUAAAUUUCUUAGUUCAAGUCUUGAUAACCUGA